GGCUAUUUUUCUAUUUUCCUUAAUAAUGGUCCUAGAGGGCUAUGAAAGCACUCAUUCGGUUCCGUAGGCGAUAAGGAACAAUUUGUAUAUCUCAGAAUUUCGGAAAAGUCCCUAGUUUUCGAGAAAAUCGAGAUUUUCUAUUUUUGUAGUUCCAACUUUCACCGCUAGGUGGUCGGCUUUUUUUUGGUCCAUGAAAUGCACGUUUUUCUGAUUUUCGAAUAUAACGCUUACAGCUUGCCCUAAUGCCGUUUUUCUUAUGUUAUAGAAGGCUUAGAAUGAUUUGCAAUCGCCUACACGCCUUGAGAUUGCGUUAUUUUACGAAAAAAUAGAAAUAUAUGUUUCUUUAUUGCUCCGCUUUGACGCGCGAAUAUUUGAAUUUUGAUAACUCGAAAAUGAUCCUCUCAAAAUUCUUUCCCUUUCAUGUAAUAACUAUAUUACAAUAAAUUAUUGCUUUUUAUAUGUUCCUUGUUAAAUGAGAUUCCUAAAUUACUUUAUUUACAUAUUGAUUUAAGUAUAAAGUUUAGUUAUACAAGAAUAUUUCGUCCUUUACUUUGAUAAUUUUGUGAACACCGUUGUAGGGUCACUAACCGCGCUUUUCUAUGCCUUUGAUUUUCACAUUCUAACACUAACAUAGUUGUCGUUGAUCACGCGAUAUCGCGUGCAUGAUUAUUAAUGAUAAGCAGCGAUUGCGUGCAACAGUCGCUCGAUUAGGGGAGAGAGAAGAGUACGGACGGUAACCAUCGGUUUUAUUCAUCCUCAGGACCGCAUUUAUACUUUGAAAGCUUCCAGCUCAUCGUUAUUAGGCCCCGAAAGAACAAAUCCGCUCUACCAUACUUCUAUCUUUCCAUCGACUUACAUUUUUUAAACCAAAAUUGCUGCAGCCUUUGUCUAUCGCUAAUCUUCGUUCAGAAGUUUCUUAGUUUCACCGCAUGAGGUCCUCUAUCUAUUCCAUUAGAUUCCUAAUUGACUAUUUUUAAUGUCCUUGGAAAUAAUGAAGUGAUGUUUCAAGAUGUGGUCCCAGAAAGUGAGGCCCCAUCUACGAUUUAAUGCUAUUUAUGGUAAAUGCGGCCCUGUUCAUCCUUGUUCCUCACGCGGGUUUAGGUUAAGUUCAACGAAAAGAAGACAAGUGGUGGAAGUCCCCUCCUCUACCCGUAUUUCCAGCCAAGGGGAAUCCUACGGUCUAUUCGAGUGGCGGUCACGCGAUAUCGCGUGCUCGAUCGUCAACAUCAAAUGUCCGGUCAGGCGAGCUCGUUUUACCCCAAUAUGUAUAACGUUUCGAAGCGUCAGUAUUUUCUCAGUGUUUCACAAAGAGAGCCGUUUGUUUCGUAGCCUCCCGCCAGCUUAAAAUCGAAAAUACGGAAAGAUAAGAAUGGAUUCUGUUCCUGGGCCAUCGCGCGUUUCCCGCAAAAGAAAGCGCAAUUCGUCACAAUGCAAGCAAAGUUUAGCUAGUAUCGCUAAUUUAUGCAAAACAGAAUUGAACGACAGUGACAGUGAUUUAUCUGCAAGUUCGAGUGACUGUAAAUUAAAUUCUGAGUCCGAGAGCGACGAUUGCGGCUCCGAAUUAUCUGCAGAUGAAUCACAAGAUUCGAAUUCUAACAUAGAAACUCAUUGGUCUUCAGAUAGUUCCUCUAUGCAAACUGUUCCAUUCAUAAAACAACAGUCUUUGUUGGUGCCAAUACCAGCACCCUGUGAACCACUGAAGUUUUUUCAAAUGAUACUUACAGAUGAGUUCUUCGCAGAUAUUGUCAAAUACACAAAUGAGUAUGCUCAGCAUCUUCUGCAUCAAGAGAUGAGAAAGUCUUCAAGAGUCAGGGCCUGGAAAGAUCUUACCAUAGAAGAAUUGAAAACAUUUGUUGCUCUGCUUCUGCACACUGGAACAGUUCAAUUACCUAAGUUGAACGAUUAUUGGAAAACACAUUGGCUUUUCAAUUAUUGUUGCUUUAGUAAUUACAUGUCUAGAAACAGGUUUCUGUUGAUCUUGCGCUGUUUGCAUUUCUUACCUGUUGAUGUACAAAAUGUUGAAUCUAGUGAUAAGCUAUGUAAAGUACGUCUCAUUAUUGAUCACUUUAACAAUACCAUGAAUAAUAUUUAUUAUCCUGGUAAAGAACUUUUGUUGGUUGAAUCAAUGUUAUUGUGGAGGGAGAGACCAAUAAUCCGUCAGGUUAUUAAAAAUGAAUACCACAAACAGGGUAUCAAGUUCUACAUGCUAACAGAACCAGAUGGUACAAUUAUAAAACUUGAGGUUCAUUCAGAAGCUGGAGAUGAUGCAGUAGGUACCACUCAAGCAGAAAAAAUUGUACUGAAAUUGUUUCAGAAUAAGCUGCAAUGUGGUCACAGUAUUUAUAUGGACAGUUUCUAUAAUUCGUACGAUUUAGCGGUAAAACUGUUGAAUCAUAACACUUAUUGUACAGGGACUCUGAAUAAAGGGAAGAAAGAAAUCCCAAAAGAGUUGACUUCAGCUGUACUGAAGAAGGGAGAAAAUAAAUCGGUAUUUUGUAACGGUGUACAUAUUGGGAAGUUCCGCGAUAAACGGAAUAUUUUUUAUAUAACUACCGAGUUCAUGGACAACAUGACUGAAAUGAGAAAUAAACAAAAUGUUAUAAAACAUAAACCAGAGGCUAUCGUUAAUUAUAAUAAAUAUAUGUCGGGAGUAAAUAAACAAGACCAAAUGAUGGCUAAUUAUCCGUGUUCGAGAAAAACCUUGAGAUGGUAUAAGAAGAUAUUCGUGCACAUAUUACAAUUAAGUUUUCUAAAUUCCUUUUACUUGUACAAUAAAUUUUCCAAUCGAAAAUGCAAUUUCUAUGAUUAUAAGAUGCAAGUUCUGGAGGUUCUGUUACCUAAAAAGGAGAACAUGAAAACACUGAAAUCUAUACAUAGACUUUCAAAAAUUGGAAAUAUAAAGCAAGAUCUUAAAAAGAACAUUAAAGUCACAAUGAGGAAAGAAUGCAAAAUGUGUAGAAUGCGAAGCGUUCGUAAAGAUACUACAUAUCAAUGCAAUAUUUGCACAGGGCAACCGGGUUUCUGCGUAGAAUGCUUUUUCGAUUUUCACGAAAAACAAUAGAAUGUAUUAUUGCGAAUAAAUAAGAACUUAUAUUCCUAUAAAAUUUUUUAUUUUUCCUCCCUUUCUUGGAUACGACAAAGAAUUAUUAUACCGAACUUAUAAAAAGAUGCUUCUUAUUGAAUGUUUGACACCUAUUUAUUACAUUAACAAAAUGUACAUUAUUCGUAUUACCUAUACACAACCUGAUGUACAAGUUUGAUUUGUAACAACGUGUUUUCGUAACGUCCUAUGGCAACUUGCUUUUAAGAAAAGUUAUUAAAACUCUGUGUAACAUGCUAUUUA